AAAAAAGAGCAUGGAAUUUUUCCUUUCUUUCUGAAGUGUGGGUGCGGCAGCGAGCGUUGAAGGGUAGGCGGGGCGGGGCUGAACAGAGCAGGGGGGGCGGGGCUGGACAGAGCAGGGUCACAGCGGACAGGGGGCAAGGGAACGGGCGGAACCGGAAGGCGCCACUCCACGCCCCGCCGGCGUCCUGGAAGCACCUCCCUACCCACGGCUCGGCGCCGCCACCUCCACCACGCGGCAAGGCUCGGCGCUGCCACCUCCACCACGCGGCCGGGCUGGCUUGUCUCACUCAGACAGCUGCUUACGACCUCUUCAGCGUGUGGCAUAAAGGUGUUGUAAUGGAUGAGGAGGAAGGUCAUCACAGCGGCAACGCGGCACUCUGAGGGCGAGGGUCCAGUGCUAACAAGCUCACGGCAGAAAUGGUCGAGGUUGAGGGUGAGGGAGAGGGUGAGGGUGAGGGUGAGAGGUGCGGCUCCGUAACUGAUCUACUGAUGGGCACUGUGGACCUGUACGAGCCGCCCAGCCCCCGCCAUCACCCGCCGCCAGAUCCAGACUGCUGGGGUGAGACUAACCGCGCCCCCAAGCCCGACAAGGGCAAGACAGCAGACACAUCCCUGGACACUUCCACUCCCGCCGGUGACGCUAAAACAGAUACCAACGGCCUGGGGACUGGUCAGCUCGAGGACAGAUCAAAGGCCAGAGAGCAAAACAAGAACCCUUCACGGGAUUCCGAUGCGAAGAGUCCCAGGCAAAGCAAGGUGGAGGAGGAGGUGAGGACAGUUAAAGAAAAGAACAAGCCGGGCAUAAAACCGAGAAAAGCCAAGCCCGGGAGUGGCCCUGAUCAGAGCAAGCCACGAGGAGCGGCAACAGAGAAAGUUCGGCCCAGCGCCAAGUCCGACAAGACUACGCUGCGGGGAACCAAGACGGCCGAGAGAGGGAAGCAAGGGACCACCGACCCCUUGCUUCUCCCACCGCCGAGGCCCCGUCCUGCCACAAUGGCCGGCUGUUCGGGGGCCUACCAGCAGGCGGUACGGGCGGUGCGCGGCACCUCGCCUGAGGGCAGCGUGGUGAUGCUCGGACCGGCAGGGGAGAAGCCAGCCCCAACGAUCCCUUCCCAGACACCGAGUACACAUAUUAGCAAGUUCUCAUUUGCUGUGGCAAUGGCGGCCACGAAGAUGAAGUCGCUGGGCCUGCGGCGAAGCCCUCUGCAUAGCCGGGGAGCGGGGUCGGCCACGUCACACGUCCGCGACGAUGCAGACACUAACAGCGCCUCCCUGACCCCCUCCUCCUUGCAAAGUGUCAAGAGAACCCAGCGGCAGCGACCAGGAAGGAAGAAGCUGUUUGAGGACGCCUACGUGAUCACCUGGAGCCAGCCCGUCUUGCACGCCGACCAGGCAGAGUUUCGCAUCACCUUCGCCAAGCCAAAGAAGACACGAGUGUUGCGGGUGAGGCAGACACGGCGCCGCAGCUCAGCAGGACCUGAGGUGAUGGUGCCUCCUCCAGAGCCCGAGGAGCGGGAAACCUUGGCAGCGGAGUGGAUGGAGUGGAGGAAAACACAUGAUCGAGUGGAACAAUGGCUAAGAGACAACGCCCAGGCGGAGGCUGAUGAAUCUCAUGUGGUCGCCAUGCUUCUUGAUCCUGACCCACGUAAGGGGACCCUCUACAGGACAUGAGUAGCCAACGCUUUGACUUUCUAGGAUGGUAAUAAAUGGGAUGUGUGAGUUUGGGCAAUAAAUUAUGUUACCUAAUAUCAAAGCUACAACUUUU